AUGCGUCCUGAAAUUGAGCAAGAAUUGGCCCACACCCUGCUGGUUGAGCUGCUGGCCUACCAGUUUGCCUCGCCAGUGAGAUGGAUCGAAACGCAAGAUGUCAUACUUGCAGAGAAGCGGACAGAACGGAUUGUUGAAAUUGGCCCCGCGGAUACACUGGGUGGUAUGGCAAAACGGACUCUUGCCUCGAAAUAUGAAGCAUACGACGCCGCUACCUCCGUGCAACGCCAAAUACUUUGUUAUAACAAGGAUGCGAAGGAGAUUUAUUACGAUGUCGACCCUGUGGAAGAGGAGGCAGACACUCCUUCAGAGCCCGCUGCUGGGACUCCGCCCCCGGCUGCGCAGGCCGCUGUUGCUGCUGCUCCUGUGGCAGCCGCUGCUCCGCCUAGUGCUGGACCUGCCGCAGCAAUUGAGGAUGCUCCUGUCACAGCAGUGGAUGUCCUCAGGACAUUGGUGGCGCAGAAGCUUAAGAAGAGCCUGUCCGAUGUGCCUUUGAGCAAGGCCAUCAAAGAUCUUGUCGGAGGUAAAUCCACACUACAAAAUGAAAUUCUCGGAGAUCUGGGCAAGGAGUUUGGCUCUACGCCUGAAAAGCCGGAGGAUACCCCCUUGGAUGAGUUAGGUGCAUCCAUGCAGGCCACAUUCAAUGGUCAAUUGGGUAAACAAUCCUCUUCUCUCAUUGCCCGCUUGGUAUCGUCGAAGAUGCCUGGUGGAUUCAAUAUCACUGCCGUUCGCAAAUACUUGGAGACGAGAUGGGGUCUGGGUUCUGGCAGGCAGGACGGUGUGCUCCUCCUUGCGCUUACAAUGGAGCCGGCGUCUCGUAUCGGUUCGGAACCCGAUGCCAAGGGUUAUCUUGACGAUGUGACUAAUAAGUAUGCUGCCAGUGCUGGCAUAAGUCUGUCUGCUCCCACAACUGGAGGUGAUGGCGGCGCCGGCGCCGGCGGUAUGCUCAUGGAUCCCGCCGCUAUCGAUGCCCUGACGAAGGAUCAACGCGCCCUGUUCAAGCAGCAGUUGGAACUCAUUGCUCGCUACUUGAAAAUGGAUCUGCGCGCUGGUCAAAAGGCGUUCAUCAACUCCCAAGAGACUCAGAAGACGCUGCAAGCGCAGCUAGACCUUUGGCAAGCCGAGCAUGGCGACUUCUAUGCCUCUGGCAUUGAGCCAGCGUUCGAUCCUCUCAAGGCCCGUGUCUACGACUCCUCCUGGAACUGGGCUCGCCAAGAUGCUUUGAGCAUGUACUACGACAUCAUCUUUGGAAGGCUCAAGGUUGUUGAUAGGGAGAUUGUGAGCCGUUGCAUCCGUAUCAUGAAUCGGUCGAAUCCUCUCCUUCUAGACUUCAUGCAGUAUCAUAUCGACAACUGCCCCACUGAUAGGGGUGAAACGUAUCAGCUUGCAAAGGAGCUUGGUGAGCAACUUAUUGAAAAUUGCAAGGAGGUUCUUGACGCUGCUCCUGUCUACAAGGACGUUGCUGUUCCUACCGGACCUCAAACCACUGUCGAUGCCCGAGGAAAGGUUGGUUACAAGGAAGUCCCUCGCGCCAGCGCCCGCAAACUAGAGCACUAUGUUAAGCAGAUGGCUGAAGGCGGUCCCAUCUCGGAGUACAGCAACCGCGCCAAAGUGCAAGAUGACCUACGCAGUGUCUAUAAGUUGAUCCGCAGGCAGCACCGCCUCUCCAAGUCUUCACAGCUGCAGUUCAACGCUCUCUAUAAAGAGGUUAUCCGCGCCCUGAGCAUGAAUGAGAAUCAGAUCAUUCCACAGGAGAACAGCAACGGAAAGAAGUCUGGCAGAAACAGUGUCAAGCGCAAUGGUAGCCCUCGGUCGGGCAAGAUUGAGACCAUCCCUUUCUUGCACCUGAAGAAAAAGAACGAACACGGCUGGGAUUAUAACAAGAAGCUCACCGGUGUUUACCUCGACGUUCUGGAGUCAGCAGCUCGAUCUGGUCUUACAUUCCAAGGCAAGAAUGUUCUCAUGACUGGAGCUGGUGCCGGUUCCAUCGGUGCUGAGGUGCUGCAGGGCUUGAUCAGCGGUGGUGCUAAGGUGAUUGUCACAACGAGUCGAUUCUCCCGUGAGGUCACUGAAUAUUAUCAGGCCAUGUACGCCCGCUAUGGCGCUCGUGGCUCUCAACUCGUCGUUGUGCCCUUCAACCAAGGUAGCAAACAAGAUGUCGAAGCACUGGUCGACUAUAUUUACGACAUUAAGAAGGGUCUUGGCUGGGAUCUGGAUUUCGUUGUCCCAUUUGCUGCCAUCCCGGAAAAUGGUCGGGAGAUCGACUCGAUCGACUCAAAGUCUGAGUUGGCCCACCGCAUCAUGCUCACAAACCUGCUCCGACUUCUUGGUAGCAUUAAGACACAGAAACAAACCAAUGGCUUUGAAACCCGCCCAGCACAAGUCAUCCUUCCUUUGUCUCCCAAUCACGGCACUUUCGGAAAUGAUGGACUGUACUCGGAGUCCAAGCUGGCUCUGGAGACUCUCUUUAAUCGCUGGUACUCGGAGAACUGGAGCAACUAUUUGACCAUCUGCGGUGCUGUUAUUGGCUGGACGCGCGGCACAGGAUUGAUGAGCGGUAACAACAUGGUUGCUGAGGGCGUUGAAAAGCUCGGUGUCCGCACCUUCUCACAGCAAGAGAUGGCCUUCAACCUUCUUGGUCUCAUGGCACCCGCUAUUGUCAACCUAUGCCAGCUUGAUCCUGUCUGGGCUGAUCUCAACGGCGGUCUUCAGUUCAUCCCCGAUCUCAAGGACCUCAUGACGAGGCUCCGCACUGACAUCAUGGAGACCAGUGAUGUCCGCCAAGCAGUCAUCAAGGAAACCGCCAUCGAGAAUAAGGUUGUCAACGGAGAAGACAGCGAGGUCCUUUACAAAAGAGUGGUCGCCGAGCCCCGUGCCAAUAUCAAAUUCCAGUUCCCGCAACUUCCUGACUGGGAGAAGGAUGUUCAGCCCCUCAAUGAGAACCUCAAGGGUAUGGUCAACCUUGAGAAGGUGGUUGUUGUCACUGGGUUUUCAGAGGUCGGCCCCUGGGGUAACUCCCGUACCCGCUGGGAGAUGGAGGCGUACGGCAAGUUUUCCCUUGAGGGCUGCGUCGAGAUGGCCUGGAUCAUGGGUUUAAUCAAACACCAUAAUGGUCCUCUCAAGGGCAAAGCCUAUUCAGGAUGGGUUGACGCUAAGUCUGGCGAGCCUGUGGACGACAAGGACGUCAAGCCCAAAUAUGAGAAGCACAUUCUGGAGCAUUCGGGCAUUCGAUUGAUCGAGCCUGAGCUGUUCAAGGGAUAUGAUCCCAAGAAGAAGCAACUUCUCCAAGAAAUUGUCAUCCAGGAAGAUCUUGACCCCUUCGAGGCAUCCAAGGAAACUGCCGAAGAAUUCAAGCGCGAGCAUGGUGACAAAGUUGAAAUCUUUGAACUGCCCGAAUCGGGAGAGUACACUGUGCGCCUCAAGAAGGGGGCUACAUUGCUUAUUCCCAAGGCCCUCCAGUUCGAUCGUCUCGUUGCUGGCCAGAUUCCCACUGGCUGGGACGCCAAGCGCUACGGUAUCCCAGACGACAUCAUCGAACAGGUUGAUCCAGUCACAUUGUUUGUUCUUGUCUGUACUGCGGAAGCAAUGCUCUCUGCUGGUGUCACCGACCCUUACGAAUUCUACAAGUAUGUUCACCUGUCUGAGGUCGGUAACUGCAUUGGUUCCGGUAUCGGAGGCACCCACGCCUUACGAGGCAUGUACAAAGACCGCUACCUGGACAAGCCCCUCCAAAAGGAUAUCCUGCAGGAAUCCUUCAUCAAUACUAUGAGCGCUUGGGUCAAUAUGCUUCUGCUGUCCUCUACUGGACCGAUCAAGACCCCUGUUGGUGCCUGUGCCACGGCAGUUGAAUCUGUUGAUAUCGGUUAUGAGACGAUUGUGGAAGGCAAAGCUCGCGUCUGCUUUGUUGGUGGAUUCGACGACUUCCAGGAAGAAGGAUCAUAUGAGUUUGCAAACAUGAAGGCCACCAGCAAUGCGGAAGAUGAAUUUUCCCACGGUCGUACCCCACAGGAGAUGUCGCGCCCCACUACCACCACGCGUGCGGGUUUCAUGGAGUCACAGGGUUGUGGUAUGCAACUCAUUAUGAGCGCCCAGCUGGCUUUGGACAUGGGCGUACCCAUCUACGGUAUUAUUGCCUUGACAACGACCGCCACGGACAAGAUUGGACGAUCCGUCCCCGCCCCCGGUCAGGGUGUCCUCACCACCGCACGAGAGAACCCUGGCAAGUUCCCGUCGCCGUUGUUGGAUAUCAAAUACCGCCAGCGCCAGCUUGACCUGCGUAAGAAGCAAAUCAAGGAGUGGCAAGAAUCAGAGCUGCUUUUCCUCCAGGAGGAGGUGGAGGCCAUGAAGUCCCAGAGCUCUGAGCCAUUCGAUGAGUCGGACUAUCUGCAGGAGCGGGCUCGGCACAUUGAGCGAGAAGCUGUCCGACAGGAGAAGGAUGCCCAGUUUAGUCUUGGCAACAACUUCUGGAAGCAAGACCCCCGUAUCGCCCCUCUCCGCGGCGCCCUUGCUACCUGGGGCCUUACUGUCGACGACAUUGGUGUUGCAUCCUUCCACGGUACCUCUACCGUGGCCAACGACAAGAACGAAUCUGAUGUCAUUUGCCAGCAAAUGAAGCAUCUGGGACGCAAGAAGGGCAAUGCGCUGCUGGGUAUCUUCCAGAAGUAUCUCACCGGACAUCCCAAGGGCGCUGCCGGUGCUUGGAUGUUCAACGGCUGCUUGCAGGUUCUUGACAGUGGCUUGGUUCCAGGGAACCGUAAUGCUGAUAACGUGGACAAGGUCAUGGAGAAGUUCGAUUACAUUGUUUAUCCCAGCCGUAGCAUCCAGACUGAUGGUAUCAACGCUUUCUCAGUCACAUCGUUCGGUUUCGGUCAGAAGGGUGCCCAGGUCAUUGGAAUCCACCCCAAGUACCUGUACGCAACUCUGGACCGGGCACAGUUCCAGACUUACAAGGCCAAGGUUGAGGCCAGACAAAAGAAGGCCUACCGUUACUUCCACAACGGUCUCAUCAACAACAGCAUUUUCGUUGCCAAAGACAAAGCUCCCUAUGAAGAUGCUCAACAGAGCAAGGUCUUCCUCAACCCCGAUUACCGCGUCGCGGUUGACAAGAAAACAUCAGAACUCAAGUUCCCUGCAGUCCCUCCGAAGGCUAGUGACAAGGGAACUGAAAGUACAAGAUCGAUGAUUGAGUCUCUUGCGAAAGCUAACGCCGCCGAGGACUCGAAGGUAGGUGUCGACGUUGAGAACAUUGAGGGGUUCAACAUCGAAAAUGAAACCUUCAUCGAGCGAAACUUCACUGCUAGCGAGCGAGAGUAUUGCCUGAAGGCACCAUCUCCCCGUGCAUCGUUUGCUGGUCGGUGGAGUGCCAAAGAGGCGGUCUUCAAGUCUCUGGGCGUUAGCAGCAAGGGCGCCGGCUCUCCGCUGAAGGAAAUUGAGAUCGUCACUGAUUCAACUGGUGCGCCUGUUGUCCAACUUCAUGGUGUUGCUGCUGAAGUUGCCGAGCAGGCUGGUGUCAAGCAAGUCAGUGUUAGCAUCAGCCACAGUGAUACGCAGGCUGUCGCGGUUGCUGUGUCGAGAUUCUGA